AUGAUGGGGGAUAAAGUGGUGAAGGAAUGUUGCCUUGUCCCGUUGUCCGGCGCGCACCCAUCGAUCGUCAUCAAAUCGGAACAGAUGAUGGUCGGUCGCAGCCCGCAAACGUUAAUUCAGGAUCCGAACUGUUCACGUAACCAAGUUUGUUUGAGAGCCUACGCUGAAGAUGCUUACGUGCUGGUGAAAACGCUCGGCCUCAAUCCAUCGGUGCUGAACGGCAAGUCACUGGAAAGGAACAUCGGCUACGAAGCGUACGAAGGCGACGUGAUUGAGCUGCUGCCCGGGGCUCAUAAGUACAAAUUUGUGUUCAAAUACGAAGAAGCUCACAAACGGGUCGAUUCGGGAAAGGUGGAGCAGAAAGCACAAAGUGUCACCAGCACCGAUACUUUGGAUAAGGAACGCAAAACCACCGGAUCUGUUAGCAAGCGGCCACGCGAAGAACGAUCACCACAGGAAGCAACUAGUGACGGACACGGCGACCAAGCGUCAAAGAAGCGCACCAAGGAGGACAAACCGUCGCCCGAGGAAUCGUACGGAUCGCUAAAACCCGCGACGAGCGGUGUUUGGGAAUCGUUGGACAAGAAACAGCUGCACGUCUAUACGAGCGCCGGUGUCGUGGCAUCGACGAAAAUUGCCGCCUACGACAUGGACGGGACCCUGAUCAAAACCAAAUCCGGCAACGUGUUCCCGAAAUCGAUAGACGAUUGGCAGAUCGCUUUCCCGGAGGUACCCGGCAAGCUGAAAUCGCUCAACGCGUCCGGCUUCAAGCUAGUUAUCUUAACCAACCAGGCGGGGAUCGGCAAGGGCAAGCUCCGUAUCGAGGACUUUCGUCAGAAGAUUGAAUCCCUGAUUCGCAAACUGGGCGUUCCGAUGCAGGUGUUCAUCUCGACCGGCUCCGGGAUGUACCGGAAGCCGAGGAUCGGCAUGUGGCAAACCCUUUGCGAGCAAAAGAACGACGGUGUCACCGUUGACAAGGGACGUAGCUUCUACGUCGGUGAUGCUGCCGGUCGGCCUGAGGUUAAAAAGCCCGUCAAGCGAAAGAAAGAUCACUCCAGUGCAGAUCGGCUGUUGGCCCUUAACGUGGGCGUUCCUUUUUUGACACCCGAACUCCAUUUCCAGAACAUGCCUGAGGCCCCAUGGACCAAGCCGGAGUUUGACCCGAAGGAAGCUUGUGAAGCUGGGGCUGGUUCGGCUCUGCUCUGGCCACCUGCCGCUAAGCUAACCAGUACGACUCAGGAAGCUAUCAUUAUGGUCGGGUUCCCGGGGUCGGGAAAAAGCCACUUUGUUCGCCAUCAACUCGUACCCCACGGGUAUGAGCUGAUCAACCGUGACACGCUGGGUUCGUGGCAGAAGUGCGUGGCAAGUAUGGUGGCUGCGCUGAAACAGGGAAAGCGCGUCGUGAUCGACAAUACGAACCCGGAUGCGGAGAGUCGCAAGCGAUACGUGGAGGUAGCGGCGCGGGCGAACGUACCCGUGCGGUGCUUCAUGAUGGACGUGGGAUACCGACACGCACGCCACAAUAACGAAUUCCGUGAGCUAACCGAUCGCUCGCACUCGUCGAUAUCGGACAUGGUGUUCAAUUCGUACAAGUCCAAAUUUAAAGAACCAUCACUCCAGGAAGGCUUCAAAGAAGUCGUUAAAGUUAAAUUCAUCCCAGAGUUUUCCUCCGCGGAUGACGAAAAGCUUUACCGAAUGUUUCUUCUGGAAAAAUAAUGCUGGAAUUUUGUUGGAAGUUGUUUGUAAAA